AACAGUUAAAUGAGGUGCUUCAUACUAAAGUAGUCUUUUCACAAUUCUGGUGGAGUGGAGUUGAAGCCGCUUCUAAACGACUUCCAUCUGUGCAAAUUGAAGAAUGAAUUAGUGUCCUUUAAACUAUCGUGAGACCUGAUAAUCUAUAAAAUAGAAUAAUAUGGGACCCCAGAGUAAUGACAAUUCCCUGCCAUUAUCCACGAACUUUGCAGAAGAUUCAUCAAUGGCUGCAAAGAACAAUCCAGUCAGUGACACCAUCAAAGAAGAUCCAGUAACAUGGAUGUUCUGGAAGAAGCGACGAUACAUCGUCGUUCUAAUGGCCUUCCUUGGCUUCUUUAACGUCUACUCCCUGCGAGUUAAUCUCAGUGUCGCUAUUGUCGCUAUGACAGAGAAGAGAAAUGUAACAUACGAAAAUGGAACGACUGUGGAAGAGCAGUACUUUGAUUGGAAUACAACAGAGCAAGGAUUAGUUCUUAGUUCCUUCUUCUACGGCUACAUCCUUACACAACUUAUCGGAGGUUAUUUAGGAUCGAAAUUUGGUGGUCACUAUGUAUUUGCAAGUGGAAUAGGUGUAACAGCAAUCCUGACUCUUGUCACUCCAGUAGCUGCUAAACACAGUCUUGGGAUGCUAUUGGCUGUGCGAAUAAUUGAAGGUGUUUUCGAAGGUGUAACAUUUCCCUGCAUUCAUGCCGUUUGGGCACGAUGGGCACCCGUGUAUGAGCGCUCAAGAAUGGCAACGCUAGGAUUUGCAGGAAACUAUGCAGGAACGGUCGUUGCAAUGCCUCUAUCAGGAGUCCUUGCAGUUUCCCUUGGUUGGGAGAGUGUGUUUUACUUUUUUGGGUCACUUGGCGUUGUUUGGGCAGUUGCAUGGUUGAUCAUUGUCAAAGCUGGACCUGAAGAUGAUCCUUUUAUAAGUGAAGAAGAGAAGACAUACAUAUUGAAGAGCAUUGGUCAGAAUGAGGAUGAGAAGAAAUCUAUUAAACAUCCUUGGAAAGCAAUUUUAACAUCAACAGCCGUUUGGGCAAUCAUUGCAUCACAUUUUGCAGAAAACUGGGGCUUCUUUACACUGUUAACUCAGCUUCCUACAUUCCUCAAAGAUACUCUGAACUUUGAACUUGAGAAGACUGGCUUUAUUUCGGCUAUUCCUUAUUUGGCAAUGGGAUGUCUCCUUGGAGUUUCUGGAUACCUAGCGGACUGGAGUCAGAUUAAGGGAUAUUUAACAACAACUCAAGUACGGAAAUACUUCAACUGCGGAGCAUUCCUGGCUCAAACGGUCUUCAUGAUGUUAGCCGCUUAUUUACUUGAUCCUGUUGGAACAGUUGCAUGUAUUACAGUUGCAGUUGGAUUUGGAGCCUUUGCAUGGUCUGGAUUUAUCGUAAAUCCUCUGGACAUUGCUCCGAAUCAUGCAUCAGUUAUCUUAGGAAUUUCUAAUACUUUUGCCACAAUUCCUGGUAUUGUGAGUCCCUUACUUACAGGUGUCAUAACAAGCGAUAAGACAAAAGAGCAAUGGCAGGUUGUCUUCUAUAUUUCAUCAGGAAUUUAUUUAGUUGGUUGUGUUAUCUACUGGUUCUUCUGUAGAGGAGAACUGCAACCAUGGGCGAAGACCAAUACCAUAAAUGAUGUAGUUGAAUCUCCUCGUUCUUACCCGGAGAAACAAGUAAUUGUUAAUGAGCAGUUUGAUAUGACCAGUGAACAAAAGAAAAAUUAAUUUAUUUUUGAUGUUUAAAUUACCUGUCUCUUGUAAAAAUUGAUUUAGUUAAAAAUGAACUCUAUUUCUUCCAA